AAAAAUAUAUGAAAAAAACGACUAAAAUAAUCACAAACUAGGCAAAACAUUACCAAAAACUGACGUUGCUACUUGGAAGAAUCUGACAUGUUUAUGUCGUUGCCAUGGAUACAGGUGGCGCGAGAGCCUUGGAAUAAAUAUGCAGUAUUCUGUUAGUUAGACAGCACGUAACUGACAGUCUACAGAAUAAUCUCAAUCUAGUCUGUAUCUAUAAUCUAAAAAUCUGUACUAAUAUACUACAAAUAUAUCUUAUAGUAUAUUGUAGCUAUAUAUAUAACAUAUUCUAGGUAUUAUGUAGCUGGAUAUACUAUACGAUACAAGCCUGCAUAUAAAUGUAUUGGGUUAUUUUUAAAGAAUGGCUUGUUUUUGGUGAAACUAAUUAUUAAGUAAUUAAUUAAAUAUGGUUUGGUGAACUGAUGCCUUGCCUGUCUGCAUCCACUGGGCGUUGUCAAUAAUAAAUCAAUUUUUUUUGCACUUGCGUUCAAGUAACCCAAGUCCACGGAUCGCUGCGGUUGAUUAUAUUUGGGGAUUUGAUGCUAAAAUCUGCAUUAUAUUUUCAUCUGGAUGAUAAGAGACCAGUUUUUAAAGCGCCGGGGAAAUAACUAAGAGGGGCAGAUGAAGAGCGACACCGGAAGGGGAACAAAGUGGUGAGGCUGUUGCUAGGAUACGGAGCAAUGGAAACACGAGCAGCGAAACUACAUGAGCAAACCAGCACUUCUAAAACUUGAUUUCUUUUUCACCACGAAAUUAUAGUUGUAUUUUUCCGAAUUAACUGUCAACACCUGGCGUUAGUGCAGAAGUGUGCGGCUUGACUCAAGAAACAAAAUGAACUUGGAGGCGAAAAUAAAGUUACCACAUGACCUGAAACCUAAAAUCUUGCUAUGGGCAGAUGUAAGCUACAAUGACAUGGAGGAGAUUGACAGCAUGUGGACCAUUCCUGACUUGGAGAGGGCUCUGUGCGGCGUGUUUUGUGUGGACGUCCCUGAGCCAAAGAGAGGAGUCCUGCUGGAGCUGUAUGUCCACACUGUGCUGUUCUGCAGAGAGAGCAGCCUCAACCGAGAACAAACAUCUGCCCUCCUGUCCAUCAUCAAGUGCAUCCACCAGGCUAACACCGAAACCACCUUCAACAACAUGGAGCAGUGUUUUGAAUACUGCGGUGAGCUUCUACUCUGUCACUCAGUCAGGCGACCUCCCUUUAGCGUCAGUCUCUUCAGCUCUGAGGAGGUGACUCAUAUCUUAAAGUACAUCUACAACACCUACAUCAGACACCACAAGCUCUACAAAUAUAUUUUCACUCCUCAGGUACAACUUGAUCUGUCUUUGGUUUACUCUGGGAUGCCGGAGGAAGAUGACACUACCAUGGAGGACUCUGCUGCUCCAGAGACAGAGUCAGAAGCAGCACAAGAGAAAGAGCGUCUUCCCGAAACACAGGAAACAGUCACCACAGAGCCUGAGGGAGCCACACUGGGUUCCAGGUCAGAGCUGAGGGCAAUGAUAGAGCAGGAGUUCAGAGAGGAGAUGAUGCUCGUGUUUGGCCAGCUAGAGCAGCAACUCAAAGAUCACACAGAUCAGCUCAGCAGCACACUGGCUCCUCUACAGCCCAAUCUCCACGGCAAAAAAUAAUGCAUACUUUUAUUAACCUUCUUACACAUAUAAAGCAUCAGUAAGUCACUCUGUCGAUGCAUAAACACAUACAAAAGAAAACAGAAAACUCAAACUCAGAUAUUAGUUUUAUUAGGAUUAAUAAAACUAUUUUCUCCAUGUAGUUAUUUGUACAACUUUUGUACAUUGCUCAUGCAUAGAGGCAGGUUGUUUUAGGAGACAUAGCAUUCAGUAAACUGUAGUUUGAGCUGAGUAAGGAAUGCUAUUGGUUAGUUGCAACAGGAAAUACAGUCAAACAGUCUUCACAGUUUCUCUUAGUGGGUUCACUAUGGAGGAAUGUCUGCAUGCAUGGUAGUAGCAUGAUUUUCUGACAAAGGCAUUCCAACACUGUACUUGAAGGUUUCAGAAAUAUUGUUACAUUCUUGAUUGAGUCCAUUGAUAUUCAUCAGCAACACUUUAUGUUAAAUGCGGCCUAUGUUCCUGAAAACUGGGCCUAGCACCUAUAAUUAUCUGUUAAAUAAUUAAUUACAGUGCAUUAACAUUUUCAGCCACACCAUGCUUAGAAAUCCACACUCUCCUCAGUUACAACGGAUGGUCAAGAGCUUAAAAAAAAAAAAAAAAAACUUGAUCACACAUAAGACAGCUUUAUGUGUUGUAUAAACAGAUUGUGCAAUGUGUUCUGUACUGCAUUAAAGUGGCAUUGCAAAUA